AUGUUUCCGUUCUUGAUCCUGUCUUUUGUGGUCCUUUUCCCUCACAUUGCUUCAGGUACUGUUCCAAACAACCUUACCAUUGCCAACAGCACUGGUAAAGUACAACAAUGCUCUUACAAAGCUAUAAACCUCAUCACACAAGAAAAACUCACGAUUUUCGGAGCCUGUAACGGAACGCCUCCGCAUGUUCCUUGGCCACCAAUGCCGCCAGUUCAGGCGCCAUGUAAAGGUUAUCCAGUUAAAACAUCAACCCCAGCUUGGCAGUCACAGCCAAGUCACAUUGUUGGAGGCAUUGAAGCAACAAGGGGCCAAUGGCCGUGGCAGGCAGGUCUGAAGCGAUCUGCGACAGAAAAAAUCUUCUGUGGUGGCUCACUGAUUGAUCCCCAGUGGGUGGCGACUGCUUCCCACUGUUUAUACGAAAUGUCAAAAUACUCCGCACCUGGAAAAACACCGCAUAUUGAAGUGGUGCUGGGAGAGUUUGACCAGGAAAAGAAAGACCAAAAAGAAGUGACAGCAAACGUGUCAAAAUUGUUUCUACAUGGUCAGUACGACCCAGAAACUCUAGACUAUGAUAUUGCGCUGCUUAAACUAAAAGAUCCUGUCAAAUUGUCUAAGAUCGUGAAGCCUGUCUGUCUCCCUGAGGAGAGCGUCGACUUCAAACCUGGAACAAACUGCUACGUCACUGGGUUCGGUGUCACUGAGCAGGGUGGGGACGUGGCCUCCACACUCCAAGAAGCCAAUGUACCACUAGUACCUCAAGAAAAAUGCCAAGCAGCUUACCAAGCAAAGAAGAUAACACCACGCAUGUUCUGCGCGGGUUUUGCUAAGGGAGGCAUCGAUGCUUGUCAAGGGGACAGUGGAGGACCGCUGGUUUGUAUGCGCGAUGGCAAGUGGUUAUUGAAAGGGAUAGUAAGCUGGGGAAUUGGUUGCGCUAGGCCUGGUGCGUAUGGAGUCUAUUCGAACGUGAAAGACUUCUUGCCGUGGAUUCGCAAUAUCGUGAAGAGCGAAACGACAGAGACCAACUUGAGCUGAAUGGACGAUGAUAAAGGGCUGUAUUUAACUUUAGAAUGAUGAGAAGAAAUCAAUAAAAGAAAUUUCAAAUAAAGUAUAAUCAAGUGCCUUUUUGAAAUGAAGUAUACGUUGCGUGUAUUAGAAACAAUAUUUGAUUUUAUUAAAAUCCCACUGCAGUAUUGCAAAAUGAUUUUCACCGUUUACUGAGUAUAUUAUAUUUUCUACAGACUUUGUUUUAUUCUAUAUAUCUUUCC